AAAGCCGUUGGUCUCACACUGCUGCUUCUUCAGGAGUCUCCUACUCCUCCUCACUGACUGGCCCUUUGCUGCCCCUAUUAUUGGGUUGGGAGGGUAGGAAUUUGAUGUUUGAUGCCCAUAAUAGCCCAUUUUAAUCCCUUUGCUGAGGGUUUCACCUCUUCUUCAGAAUGUCUUUGUCCCUCCCUGGGGAGACAGACUGGUCUGCGUUCACCUUAUUGGAUCACCACAGGGUUUCCCUGCUGCGUUCCAUCAAGGAGGCACCCAGAGAAGAGACCAGAAUUGGGGAAACUGGCCCCUCCAAUAACAUUUGCCAAAUCACUAGUUCUGAGAUCCUUGGAGCAAUAGAAAAUGUUAUACAAGAUAUAGUUACAAGUCUUGCCAGAAACAAAGCACCUGUUCUCACCUUGGUUAACAGAUCAGACUGGGGAAAUAUACAGUUUAAAGAUUCUGUAGGUCUACAGAUGAUCUCUCAUUAUACCACAAGAAAAAUAAAAAGUGACUGUCCCAAAUCAGCACCAAAAUUUGCUCUAAUGCUUAAAAUAUUAUCUGUGAUCUACAAGAUGGUGCAAAACAAUACGUAUGCAACCAAAAGAGAUAUAUAUUACAGUGAUACACUACUAUUUGGUAGCCAGAGUGUUGUGGACAAUAUAGUCAAUGACAUUUCCUGCAUGCUUAAGAUACCUAGGAGAAGUCUACAUAUACUUUCUACAACUAAAGGUUGCAUUGCUGGUAACUUAAGUUAUACUGAGGAAGAUGGUACGAAAGUGAAUUGUACAUGCAGUGCAACAGCAGUCGUUGUGCCAUCUAAUGUUCAAGGAAUUAGAAAUGUGAUCACAGAUGCAAAAUUUAUACUAAUUGUAGAAAAAGAUGCAACUUUUCAGAGGCUCCUGGAUGAUGACUUCUGCAAUAAAUUGUCUCCAUGCAUAAUGAUUACGGGAAAAGGAGUACCAGAUCUGAACACAAGACUUCUAGUCAGAAAGUUGUGGGAUACAUGUCAUAUUCCUAUUUUCACCCUCAUGGAUGCAGAUCCACAUGGUAUAGAAAUAAUGUGCAUCUACAAGUAUGGAUCUGUGUCAAUGUCUUUUGAAGCCCAUCAUCUCACAGUUCCAGCUAUAAGAUGGCUUGGUCUCCUUCCAUCUGAUAUUGAAAGAUUAAAUAUACGCAAAGAUGCACUGAUUCCACUUACUAAACAAGAUCAAAAUAAACUCGCCAGUAUGCAGAAGAGACCUUAUAUGGCUUGCCAACCAAUGUGGAAAAAAGAAAUGGAAAUUAUGGCAGCAUCUAAAAUGAAGGCUGAAAUUCAAGCUUUGACUUCUCUUUCAUCAGAUUACCUUUCCAGGGUGUACCUACCAAGCAAAUUGCAAUUUGGUGGAUGGAUCUGAAUAUUUGUUUGUAGAUCAACUGUUUCCUGAUGUGGAUUUAUUUUGGAGCUAUUAUAAUAUAAGCCACUAUUUACAAAAAUUGCAUAACAUUGCAUUAUUUCUGGCAAUUGUUCUACAUAUUCAGUGAAGAGAUGUAAAGGUUUGCUUCAGCUCCUUAUUCAAUUUUUUUAAAAUUAUGUCAAUAGUUUAAUUUCUUUACAAUUUUGAUUGUUUUUCCCUAGUGUAACUUACGGACAUGAACAUAUUUUAAAUACAUUUUUUUCUUUCCACUUUGUGGCUACUGUAUAUAACUGUAGCAAUAAUUCCAACUGUAAAAGUAUUCUCCUUAAAAAGAUAUUGAAAUUUAUUUUGAGGGGAGAAAUUAAAAAGUUAUAUUUGUUUAAA